CGAAAGUAAUACGUGAAAGCGUUUGGAGAUCAGGAUUGAGCAGCAGGACACAAUCUCCAGUUUGAAUCUUUUGCAGUCUUUCUUUAAGGAACUGAAGUUACAGCAGUCAUGGCUUCCUCCAGCAGUGCUCUGUGUGAAGAUCAGCUCCAGUGCUCCAUCUGUCUGGAUGUUUUCACUGAUCCAGUCUCUACUCCAUGUGGACACAACUUCUGUAUGAUCUGUCUAAAAGAGUAUUGGGACAGCAGUUCACACUGCCAGUGUCCAGUGUGUAAGGAGAAAUUCUCCACUCGUCCUGAUCUACGUGUGAAUACGUUCAUCUUUGCACUUGCUGCUACAUUUAAGAAGUCAGUUCAGGUGAAAUCCAGCAGAGCUGCAGAAAACCCCACCCGAUCUCAGGUGCUCUGUGAGGUCUGCUGUGAAAAGCAGUGUGUAGCCGUGAAGUCCUGCCUGAUCUGUAUGGCUUCUUACUGCAAGACUCAUCUGGAACCUCAUGAGAGAGUUUCUUCAUUAAAGAAGCACAAACUGAUGGAGCCUGUGGAGAACCUGGAGGACUACAUCUGCCAGAAACAUGAUAGACCCCUGGAGCUGUUCUGUAGAGACGACCAGACGUGUGUGUGUCAGUUCUGUACUGAGGGAGACCACAAAUCCCACAACACUGUUCCUAUAGAGGAGGAGAGUGUUGAGAAGGAGAAUGAACUGGUGAAGACUCAAGCAGAAGUUCAGCAGAAGAUCCAGGAGCGACUGAAGAUGAUUGAGGAGAUCAAACGCUCUGUAGAAGUCAAUAAAAAAAAUUCAGAGAAGGAGAAAGCAGAUGUUGUGAAGAUGUUCUGUGCUCUGAUACGCUGCAUUGAGAGAAUCCAGGCUGAGCUGCUUAAGGUGAUGGAGGAGAAGCAGAAAGCAGCAGAGAAGCAGGCUGAAGAGUUCAUUAAAGAUCUGGAGCAGGAACUCAGUGAGCUAAAGAGGAGAAACAGUGAUCUGGAGCAGCUCUCACACACUGAGGAUCACCUCCACCUUCUACAGAUUUACCUGUUACUGUGCAGCUCUCCACACACCCAGGACUGGACUUCUAUCACAAUAACUUCUCAUCUGAGUGUGGAGACUCUAAGGAGAGCUCUGGCUCAGCUUCAGGAGACUCUCAGUCAGGAAAUGGAGAAAAUUCCUGACAUCAAACUGAAGAGAAUUCAACAAUAUGCAGUGGACGUGACUCUGGAUCCUGAUACAGCUUAUCCUUAUCUCGUCCUGUCUGAUGAUGGAAAACAAGUUACAUGUGGAGAUACAAGUCAGAAUUUCCCUGAUAAUCCAAAGAGGUUUAAUAACUAUUGCAUUGUUCUGGGACAGGAGGGAUUCUCCUCAGGGAGAUUUUACUUUGAGGUGCAGGUCAAAGGGAAGACUGAGUGGGAUUUAGGAGUCGGCAGAGAAUCCAUUAACAGGAAAGGGAAGAUUAGAUACAGACCUGAAAAUGGAUGCUGGUGUGUGAUUCUGAGGAAUAAGACUGGAUAUACGGCUUGUGAUUCUCCCCGUGUCUCCCUCUCCUUUAAACAGUCUCCUCAGAAGGUUGGAGUGUUUGUGGAUUAUGAGGAGGGUCUGGUCUCCUUCUAUGAUGUUGAUGCAAAGUCUCAUAUCUACUCUUUCACUGCUCAGACUUUCACUGAGAAACUUUAUCCAUACUUCUGCCCCGGCACUGAUGAUGGAGGUAAAUAUUCAGCCCCACGGAUCAUCUGCCCUGUUCAUCAAAUCUAAUGAAGUGUAGAAAUCUAAAAUAGUUCGACUUUCCCUCCCUGUCCCCCCCCUCUCUCCUUAAUGCUUCGUUGUCCAUUAGAGGGCGCCCUCUCACUUCAUUUUCGGUAAUUAUAUUUCGUCCCACUAUGUGUGUGUUAGAUGUGAUUCCUGAUUCUGUUUGGAGUUUUUGAUUUUCAUGUCCGUCUGAUGCUGUGUUUUUUUUAUUAAAUAAUAAAGUCAUU